AUGAGGCGAUUCCAAUGGCCGUCGCCUUUGCUCGGUCUCAGCUUCCUCGUCUUGUCCGCCGUGACGCUGGACAAGUCCCACGCAACUUUCGAAGCUCUUGCCGCUUCCGAGUGCUGCAGUAAGUGCAUUGGGAAGACGUCCAAGGCCGUGUACAAUUACGACCCCGUGAUCUUUGAUCAGUGCACGGCAGUGGACAAUGGCGUCUGCUGCUUUGAGUGCGGGAACUUGGGCGACCCCAUGUAUGGCGACACGGUGUCAUACGGAGACGACGGUGUGACGGCUGUUGUCAAGGCAGGUUCGUACAUCUCGUUCACCUGGAGUGGCGUGGAGAACGUGACGUACGUGUCACUCAAGACCGGUCAGAAGAAGACCGUGACGCCGACCGUGUCCGACCAAAAAGCGACGAUCAAGUCGGACACGUUCUUGAUCUGCGCCAAGUCGGCCGGCACGAUUUACUUUCGCGGGUGGGGCAGCGACGCGUGUCGCGAGGCGUCCCCGGAACAUCUGAUCAAAGUCGAAGCUGGGGACUCGAAGAGCGACAACACGUGCGACGUCAGUGACGUCGUUCUCGAGACGACGAAGGCGCCAAAGGCCGACGACUCGGCAGGCUCGAGUUCCUUUGCUGCUGACUCGACGGUCGCCCAAUGCAAUGCCCAGAGAGCCAGUGUGCAGGUAGUGGACGGCACGCGCACGUGCGUGUGUGUCUCGGACUGGACGAACCCACCCGAGUGUGAUCGCUGGCCACUGUGGAAGUGGCUCGUGACGGUGGGCGGUGGCGUGGCGGCCUUGUUUUCCAUCAUCAUUUCCAUCCGGGCGUUCCUUUCGAGUCGCAAGAAGAAACAGGACGUCGAGUGUGCCCCGAUGGGGACGAAGAGCAGCAACAUGGAGACGAUGCAAGUGACGCCGGACAACGACUACCAGGGCGCUACACAUAUGGCUGCGUACAAGUACGACCCCGAGUCGGAUCGAGCGAAUGGAGGGGCCAGGAAGGCGGAUGACCGUGAAUUCACGCUUUGA